AUGGCGCAGAUGCUGCUUGAUGUGUUUUAUUCCUUCGGGAACUGCCUAAACUGCUUUCCUGGCUCGCCAUCCCUCAAGAUCAAUGGCCGUAACUUCAAGAUCCUCCGUCUUCUCGGCGAGGGCGGCUUUUCCUACGUAUACCUAGUCCAAGAUACCUCGUCUGGCGAGGAACUCGCCCUCAAGAAGAUCCGAUGCCCCUUCGGCGCGGAGUCCGUCGCACAUGCGAUGAAGGAAGUCGAGGCAUAUCGUCUCUUUGCCCGCGUGCCCGGGAUAAUCCACGCCGUCGACCACGCCAUCGCCACUGAGCGCGGCGGCGAGCCUGGCUCCAAGACCGUCUACGUUCUACUACCUUACUACCGCCGUGGAAACCUACAGGACCUGAUCAACGCUAAUCUCGUCAAUCACACCGCGUUCCCCGAGCGCCGUCUCAUGCUGCUCUUUCUCGGUGUAUGCAAGGGGCUCCGCGCGAUGCACAAGUACCGCGGCCCGCCGGCCGGGAUGGAGCGUAUGGAGAUGGGACACGGCGACGAGGAAGAUCAGGCUGACGCGUCCGGCCCGAAGAAAAAGGGCAAGAACAAGGGCGGAAAGAGGGUCAGCAGUGUUGCUGCGGCAGCGGGUGCGGACGAAGAGGACGAGGAGGACCAGCAGAGGCCGUUGAUGGAGGGCGAGACGCCCGGCGCAGGCGACGUCAAGUCGUACGCGCAUCGUGAUAUCAAGCCAGGAAACAUCAUGAUAGAUGACUCGGGUUCGAACCCGAUCCUGAUGGACCUCGGCUCAAUCGCCCCGUCCCCGAUCGUAAUCACUUCGCACUCCCUCGCCAUCGCGACGCAGGACACCGCCGCCGAACACAGUACGAUGCCCUACCGCGCCCCGGAGCUCUUUGACGUACGCACGGGGACGGUCAUCGACACCAAGGUCGACAUUUGGUCUCUCGGCUGCACGCUCUACGCUUGUCUUGUCGGCAAGUCCCCCUUCGAAGCUCGCUCCGACGAGACGGGCGGUUCGCUGAGCCUCUGCGUCCUCGGCGGCGACUGGCGGUUCCCCGACGAAGGUGUGAAGCGCACUGGUACAGGGAUGAAGGGGAAGGCCGUCGACUCGGGCAAUGGCGGCUCGUCGGCAGGCGAGACCAAGAUCAGCGAGCCCAUCCGAGAGGUCGUGAGGAAAUGUCUCAAGGUUGAGCCUGCCGAGAGGCCGGACAUUGACGAGCUCAUAGACAUGGUGGAGACUGUCAUCGAGGAGCUACCUCAGGAGGGGUCUUUGUGA